AGCGCCGUAGGAAGGCAUUAGAAACUAAAUCAACGUUUCGUGAACUUACGACCCGAUUAUCAGCAAAAAUGCCGCGGAGUAGGCGAUCUAGUGUUGUGAUGGAAAUGGAGUUCAUGAGAGCAAGAGGAGAUGGACAGAGACGAUCAAUCCCAAACUUGCAGCCUGGAAUGCGAGGCAAGUUCCAGGCAACUGCAAUGUCCAUGCGGAGAGUAUCGAUGUUCGCACGAAAUUACCAUCCUGCAAUCGAAGGCGAAGGGAAAGUCGAAGUCACAUUUAUACCGCCGCUACUUCGAUUCAGACGGGCAGCAAGAGUGAUCCGAAUCCUAUCUUCAGUAUGUCUAGCUUGCAAGAAAAAUAUGACUUUCUCCGUUGCGCAGAACAACUGGGUGGCAUUGAAAGAAGCAUUGUUACGUGAAAGUGACGUCAGCAAAGAUCAGAAUAAAGAGAAAAAGAAAGCCGCUCUCACAACUGACGACCCGGAACUUACCUUUGACCUUAGUAAAUUUCGCCGCCAAUCAAAAGACGUCGACGUCAUGCCAGUGAAGAUUAAAGAUCUUCUACGCAAGCGACCGGGAGAUCGAACCCCAGAAGAGGUUCUGAAUAUCAUGAGAACAAUGCAAAAAAUGGAGAUUUUCGCUCGUUUUCCGCUGAGCAUACAACGUCGAUUAUGCGAAUGUGCUUGGCUACAAACUGUCGAACCGAAUCGAGUUUUGUUAAGAUCCGGUCACGUGGGACAAAGUGUUUAUUACGUCAUUUCCGGAAGACUUGUAGCCAAUGGUGAAGAAGAAACUGGUCACAUGGUCACAACACUACUCAAGCGUGGCGAUAAAUUUGGAGAAGAGGAAAUCAUCUCUAAAAGCAAACGUGCGGCGACUGUGAUGAGCCAAGAUACGGCAGAGUUAUUUGUCGUUUAUGGAGAUGACUACAAAGACAUCUGCUUCGCCAAAGGUUCGAAGGAUAUUUCCAGUUUGUCAAUCUGUAGAAAGAACCCUGUCUUCCAUCACUGGCCGUUGCAGAAGCUGAUCGAGAACCCGGGAUCAUGGACUAUGCAAAACUAUAAACCCGGAACUCUGAUAGUCGAAGACAGUGGUCGAUGUGACUGGGUUUACAUUAUCAAAUCUGGACAGUGUAAAGUGGUCAAAUGUUUGAAACCCGGAGAACCGGAAGAAGACCCGGCAAGGAUAAAGAAACUUCUCGCCAAACACGCUCGUCAGAAAUUAUUGAAAGAAAUUGAAACCAAGAACCUUGAAAACGAUAUUGACGUCUCGGAACCAAGCGAGGAUCGAAUCAGCGCUGUCCCACCUUCCUCGACAUUCUUCACCACACCCCUGUCACGCCCACAAACUCAUGGCUACUACGAUGAAGCAGCGACCGCAGCUAUACAGGAGGCGAUGCGCCAACGUUCUCAGACCCCAAUGAAACGAAGCCCAUUUCUUGUCUCAUUGUACGGACCUAAGGUUAACAGACCGGUAUACGUGGCCUUAGAGGUGCUCGGAGUCGGGGAUAGCUUUGGCUUCCUGGCUGUACUUCCUAAAGACCAACGGGGGUCAAGUGUCAGCCUCAUAAGUUGCGGGUCAGAGGUCAUUCAGAUAAACAAGAAAUUCUUCCAGAAAUUUGCUGAUGAGACGGUCUAUAGUUUGAUAAAUAUGAAGUUCCCGCCAUUUCCAAAGCAACACGAAAUCCUACAAAAUCUUCGUCAAUCGUUCAUGUGGAAAGACUAUAAACGACAGACGCUAGACGACGCCCUGGCGCAUUUAUACAGACCCGUCGUCUAAUCAGAUCAUAAGGAUCAAACUAUUGCUCUUUGAAAUAUCGACUGAAAUGAUGAACAAUGGCGAGAUUUUUUUUAAUCUUAUCCAUAUUUUAAUAUAAUUAUUACCCUACUGUUU